GCGUGUUUCAAGUCCACACUCCCAACCUCCAGUUUCUCGGUCACAUCUUUAGCGGUGGUCUGGAAAACGAAACGUUAACUAUAAACACAGAAAUAUUAACCAAUGGAUUGUAUGAUUAGUUAACUAGUUGCUAUCUCCGUCCUGAGGGUCACUUUUCCGGUUCUCAUCGCUAUAGUGACGAAGCAGGGCACAGCAGCAGCAUACAUCUCAUUCAGUGUAAUAACCAUGGCAGCCCAGGAUUUUAAUAUUUUGCUGGCGACAGAUUCAUACAAGAUCACACACUACAAACAGUACCCUCCCAACGUCAACAAGGUCUACUCCUACUUUGAGUGCCGCCGUAAGAAGGGGGGCACUCAGUUAAACGAGGUGGUGUUCUUUGGCCUUCAGUACCUCUUGAAGAAGUAUCUUUCAGGAAGGGUUAUCACAGAGGAGAAGAUUCAGGAAGCGAAAAUAUUUUACCAGAUGCACUUUAAACAAACUGUGUUUGAUGAGGAAGGCUGGAGGAAAGUGAUGGAGAGGUAUGAUGGCCGUCUUCCAAUCCGAAUCAAAGCGGUUCCAGAGGGAAAGAUUAUUCCCAGGGGAAACGUCCUCUUCACAGUGGAAAACACAGACCCAGAUUUCUUUUGGCUUACCAACUAUAUUGAGACCAUGCUGGUCCAGAUGUGGUAUCCCAUUACAGUGGCUUCCAUCUCCAGGGAAUUUAAGAAGAUCUUAGCCAAGCACCUGAAGGCAACAUCAGGCAAUCUGGAAGGCCUGGACUUCAAACUUCAUGACUUUGGCUACAGAGGGGUCUCCUCGCAAGAGUCUGCGGCCUUAGGCGGGGCAGCCCACCUGGUGAAUUUCUGCAGCACAGACACAGUCCCAGGGCUUCUGAUGGCCCAGCAAUACUACGGGUGUCCCAUGGCAGGCUUCUCUAUACCUGCAGCCGAGCACAGCACGAUCAUCUCCUGGGGGCGGAGCAGGGAGAAGGAGGCCUUUGAGCGUCUGCUGGACCAGUUUCCCACAGGCCCGGUGUCAGUGGUCAGUGACAGCUAUGACAUCUUCAAGGCUUGUAAGCACAUCUGGGGGGACAAGCUGAAGGAGCGAGUAAUGGAGAGGAGCGAAGAAUCCUGCCUGGUCAUCCGGCCUGACUCAGGAGACCCUGCAGAGACCCUCAUUGAGGUGAUAAAGAUCUUAGAGGAAUGCUUCGGUUGUUCCCUAAACUCUCAAGGAUUCAAGGUGCUGCCAUCUUACCUGCGUAUCAUCCAGGGUGAUGGCAUUGAUCUCAACUCGGUGGAUGAUAUCUUGGAGAAGCUGCGUGAUGAGGGCUGGAGUUCUGAGAAUGUGUUCUUUGGCUGUGGGAGUGCCCUCCUUCAGAAGCUCAACAGGGACACACUCAACUGUGCCUUCAAAUGUAGCUACGUGGAGACCAAUGGGAAGGGGAUGGAUGUGUACAAGCAGCCUGUGACCGACCCAUCCAAGGGUUCAAAAAGAGGUCGCCUGUCACUCAGGAGAAACUCUGACGGCUUCAUUGAGACGGUGGAGCGAGGAGUGGGAAAGCCAGAGGAGGAUAUGCUGGUGACGGUGUUUGAGAACGGCUCCAUAAUGCAGGAGUACACUCUGGAGGAGAUCCGGAAGAAUGCUCGUCUCCAGGACGAUGAUGUCAUCUCCUUCCAGCACAACCAGGACGAGCCCAAGGGCCUUGAGCUCCACCAGAAACACAUCAUGAACGGGGUACACUGAACAACAAGACACCUCGCUGAUUCAAGCAAUGCACCGACUCCACCUAGACUGUAGGCAAGUCACGUAUUGUAGUGGGUGUAACUCGUUAACAACCGGCCUACCACUGUACACCGUUAUAUUGUCAGGGCACACAAGAACAGUGUUAUUGGAGCUGCACCAGAAGCACACCUCGGUACGAUGCAGUGAUUUUUCUGCGCACUAGAUGCACAUAGUUCAUUGAGUGAUGUGGUCAUCAGUCUGCAUGCAGUUCCUCUUUUGAAACACUCAUUUCUGACCAAUGGCUGACCUGCUGUCUCUCUUAGACCACGGGGCUUUGUUUUACCUUUGUCUUUCAAGAGAAGUUUAUAUGCGUCACCUUCUGUUCUCCGGCGCCUGAUGAUCUAUCAUGUCAUAGUGACAUCAUCAGUACCAGUGACGUGAGCUACAUGAUGAGACAAAGGAUGCCAUAUUUAGCUUUAUUUCCUAUAAAAAUAUACUUUUUCUUAUAUCACAGAUUGUUCCAAUGAAUACCAUUAACUGUCUUGAUUGUCUGCUGGUCUGUUUCUGUUUUUGGAGAACGUUUUGUGUUUCUUUUGCCAAUUUUAUGAAAUUAAUUUCAAAUCAAAUUUUUCUCUAUUCUGGCAAAAUUGCACUAAUUGAAAGUAUUUCAUUGCCAUCUCAAUAAUGUCCCAAACGUGUUUUUUGUCUAAUUUCCAAUACAAGUCAGUAUCAGGCCCUGCAGUCGAGACUGGUGAUGGAGUCUAGGAUGGUUCCUAGUUUUUAACAUGAUGACGGCAACGAAGAUGACUAUUUCAGGCAAUUUUCCUUAGAGGUGCUCAAUGUCCUUAAGUCACCUAGACUGAGACUGGGUUUAAAGUCAAGUUCCUUUGCCAUGCAAGCGUCUUGCUGCUGAGUUGGUUGUCUCAUCUCCCGUCGGUUAACUACGUUCUUCAACAGGCUUUGAAGAGCUAACAUUUUUAGUCUCUUAUGUUAAGCGUCAACAUUUUAUUACUCAACUGAUUCUGCUUCACAUGAAAAUGCUGCACUUUGGGGCAGAAUACUAAUCAUCUUGUGAGAAUGUCACUGCGACUGAUGUGUAUGUGUUAUGCACACUUUUAACUAUUUAUGCACAUUUUUUACACUAAUAUUAGUGUGCUGUUUAUAUUGAAGAUUUGCUUCCAUAUUGUCUCCAGACCUGACUAUGACUUUAAUGCCUUUGCAGUCACAGUCAUUUGAGGCUUUAUUUUUUCUAUUUGAAUCCCCAACUUGCAACGUUAGUGUGAAGUACUUUUGUGAAUCAUUUUAAUUGGAAUGCCGAUAAUUGUCUGAUUUAGAUGCUGGUCUGCUAGUCUGGACUGGUUGAGGCACAGGUUAAUUAAGACCAUGCUAAUUAAGACUAUGCUUUCAGAUCUCUGCCCCAUGUUAAAUUAUUUUGAGCAAAUACAUAUUUUUGUGUUCAAAAUAAUUGGGCAAAAGGCACUUGACCCUACCUCUUUUUUUUCUAUAAUGAUAUUGUACAAGUAGAUUAGGUACUAAUGAUAUAUAUAUAUAUUAUUAUUAUUCUUAUGUAAAUACCUUUUUGAAAAUAGUCUACCUUUAGU